CAAGGACUGGCUCCCAGCAAGGAUCUUUGUCCUGGAGUUUAAAGGGCAGAAGCAGUUUCACCUCCUGGAUCCAUGGGUUUGUGUAAACCCUGAGUGGGAGGAGUGUGUGUUGAAAAUGCUCUAAGAGAAUAUUAGGGAGCAGAGCAAACAGUGAGAGCUGGAGCAGAGGAGGACAAGCAGCAUGGCAGAGCUCAGUGUCCGCUCCGUUCUGGUCACUGGGGCCAACCGAGGCCUCGGCCUGGGACUCGUCCAGCAUUUCCUGAGGAUGCCAAAACCACCACAGUGGAUCUUUGCAGGCUGCCGGGACCCCAAAGGACAGAGAGCACAGGAGUUACAGAAUUUGGCCUCCAAGCACCCCAACAUCAUCAUCGUCCCGCUCGAAGUCGCCAACCCCACCAGCAUCAAGGCAGCUGCAGCCAAGGUUGGGGAGCACCUGGGGGACUCUGGGCUCAACCUCCUCAUCAACAAUGCUGGAAUUCUGAAAGCAAACACACUUGAAUCUGAGACACUGGAGGACAUGAGUGAGGUUUACACCACCAACACCAUUGGUCCCCUGCUGAUGGGCCAGGCGUUUCUGCCCUUGCUGAAGAAGGCUGCCCAGGGGAGCUCAGGCUCAGGGCUGAGCUGCAGCAAGGCUGCCAUUGUCAACAUGUCUAGCUUUUGUGGCUCCAUCACUUCCCCUUUCAUUUGGAAACAACUUCAGGGCAUGUCAUACCGCUGCAGCAAGACUGCUCUGAACAUGCUGAGCAAGUGCCAGUCCCUGGCGUACAAGGAGCACGGCAUCCUCUGCGUCGCUCUCCACCCUGGCUGGGUGCAAACCGACAUGGGCCACUCUGCCGGACACGGGCCACCUUUGACAGUGGAUGAAAGCGUGCAAGGGAUGCUGAAGGUCCUCUCCUCCCUCUCUGAGAAGGACACUGGCGCAUUUCUGGACUGGGAAGGGAAAGUCAUACCCUGGUGAGACACCACUUCAGGAUCCUGGGAGUCAAGAAGUACCUUUGGCACUGCUCCCAUGUCCCACACAUUCUCAUUAAAUUCCUGCUGCAACCACCA